AUGAGGGUGAAUUCCUUGUUUUCUAAGAGGAGUAAGUGUUAUUUUGGGGUUUCUGAAGUAGAGUACCUUGGCCACUUCAUUUCUAAGGUAUCAACUGAUCCAGCUAAAGUGCUUGCAGUAGAACAGUGGCCACUACCUAAAACUUUGAAACAACUUAGAGGCUUCCUGGGGUUAGCUGGAUAUUACAGAAGGUUUGUCAAGGGAUAUGGUGGCAUUGCUAAACCCUUAACUAACAUGCUUAAAAAAGAUAACUUUAUCUGGUCCAAUGCAGCAAAACUGGCUUUUCAACAAUUAAAGAAGAUGCUUACUGAGACUACAGUUUUGGCUUUACCCGACUUUUAA